UGCCAAGAUGGCGGGCAGCGAGAGCGACGAGGAGGAGGAAGACCUGGUGACCUAUGGCGCCCCGCUGGAGCCCCUGGAAGAGGGUGAACGAAUUAAGAAGCCAGUUCCUCUACAGGAUCAGACUGUCAGAGAUGAAAAGGGACGAUACAAACGUUUUCACGGAGCAUUUAGUGGUGGUUUCUCUGCUGGCUAUUUUAACACUGUGGGUUCUAAGGAAGGAUGGGCACCAUCAACCUUUGUAUCAUCCCGCCAAAAGAGAGCAGAGAAACAAGUUUUGGGCCCAGAAGACUUUAUGGAUGAAGAGGAUCUUAGUGAACAUGGGAUAGCACCUAAGGAAAUUACAGUUUCAGAUGAAUUUGCUUCCAAAAGCAAAGAUAAAAUAAAGGAGAAGGCCAGACAAAUUGCAGGGGUUGCUGCCCCCAUUCCUGGAGCCGUAUUGUUGGAUGAAUAUAUAGCACCUGCAAAGAUAACCAUUGGUAUUGACUUGUUGCGAAAAAUGGGCUGGAAAGAAGGACAAGGAGUUGGACCACGAGUAAAGAGAAAAGCGCGCAAGCAAAAACCUGAACCUGGUGUGAAAAUCUAUGGCUGUGCUUUGCCCCCAGGAUCUGAAGAUUCGGAGGAGGAAGAGGAUGAAUAUCAGCCAGAAAAUGUGACGUUUGCACCCAAAGAUGUGAUGCCUGUUGACCUGGCUCCCAAAGACAAUGUCCAUGGGCUUGGUUAUAAAGGCCUGGAUCCCUCUAAAGCCUUAUUUGGAGGUUCAGAGGAGCAUGUAAACAUUUUCAAACCCAGUUCUGAAAAUGCAAAUCUGAUUGGUGAUCUGACGCACAGUAAAGGGCGAAAACUCGGUAUCUCGGGGCAGGCUUUUGGCGUAGGCGCUUUGGAAGAUGAAGAUGCUGAUAUUUAUGCUACUGAAUCGCUUUCCAAAUAUGAUACUGUCCUGAAAGACGAAGAGCCUGGAGAUGGGUUGUAUGGUUGGACAGCGCCUAAGCAGUAUAAAAGCAAGCCAGAAGUAGAAAAAGAAAUUAAAUAUAUUGGGAAAAUUUUGGAUGGGUUCACUCUGGCCUCUAAGUCAACAUCCUCCCAAAAGAAGAUCUAUCUGCCUCCUGAUCUACCGAGGGACUACAGACCAGUCCAUUAUUUUAGACCUGUGAUAAGUGCUAGCAGUGGAAACACCCACUUAGCGCAGACAUUAGCAGAAUCUACUGGGAAGCUUGAGAAUGAGACAACACUACAAAGCAGGCACCAAAAAAGUGCUACUCAGAGGAGGGAACUGCUGGGCGAGACAGCUCUGACAGGUCCAACAACUUCUGUUCUAGAGUAUCUGUCAGAUAAAGACAAAGAGCGAAUCAAAGAAGUGAAACAGGCAGCAGGCCAGCAACUAAAGACACCUGUUCAUCAACCCUUGCAAAGUCAACUCCAGGCACCUGCCUUACAUGAUGCUCCGCAGCAGUGGCCAUCACUUUUGGGGCCCCAGCUAGCCACUGCUGGUGAUAGUGACUUCAAACCCUUUGCAUCCAACCCAGAAAAACAAAAGAGAUACGAGCUUUACAUUGAAAGCCUUAAACAGGGAAAGAAAGAUGUGCCAGGAAGCUGUUCAGAUCAAAGUCUGACAGAAUGGGAGCGUGGAAGGGAGCAGGAGGAGUUCCUUCGUGCCGCAGUGCUCUACAAACCCUCCAGCUCCGUCUUGUCGUCUAGGUUUACUCACGCAAAGCACGAGGAUGACACCGACAAAGUAGAAGUCGCUCGAGAUCAGGAGACUGACCUUGAUGACAAACAGGCCGCUGCAAAGAUGAAGAUGUUUGGCAAGCUCACAAGAGAGAAGUUUGAGUGGCAUCCAGACAAACUACUGUGCAAGAGGUUUAACAUUCCUGAUCCUUAUUCAGAAUCAAGUAUUGUUGGGUUGCCCAAAGUGAAACGUGACAAGUAUUCUGUAUUUAAUUUCUUGACGGUAUCAGAGCCAACACCAAAGACGAUGAGUCAGCCCGCAAAUGUAGCGGUGCAGCAAAAUAAUUCUCCCAAUAAGCCAAAAAAGCCUUCAAGAUGGGAUGUCUCUGACAAACAGAAAAAGAAAAAGGAUGCCAUUAGCGAGUUCAUAAGUUUGGCUAGAUCAAAGGUUGAUAUUAAGGAGCAGCAGCCACUCGCAGAGGAGUCCAAGAACACCAGUAAGACUAAUGAAGCUGCUUCCAGUAAGGUGGUGCAGGAAGAAUCUGGUCUAAAUGAAGACGUAAAUGAGGAAGAAAGCAGGCCAUCGAUGGAUUUAUUUAAAGCCAUCUUCGCCAGCUCCUCAGAUGAAAAAUCAUCAUCCUCUGAAGAAGAGAGUGAGGGGGAGGAGGAGCCGGCAGCAGUGCCUGGACCGGACUUGGAUACUUCGAAGCACCAUGAUGAGUCAAGUGGCCUUCCAUCUGAAGGACAAAAAAGUGAAGUUAUUGCUCCUGAGAUCUCUGUUACUAUAACUCCACCUUCAAAGGAAGUUGUUGAUCAAGGAGAAGAAUUUGGACCAAGGCUGCCUCCAGUUGGUGGAUCUGGAGCUCUGCUGAAAGACGAGGACAUGCAGCUAGAAAGCUCUGAAGCCAGCAAGAAAGAGAGACCUAAAAAGAGCAAAGAGAAACACAAGGCCAAAAGAGAGCACAAACACAAGAAGGAAAAGAAAAAGAAACACAAGAAACACAAACAUAAGAGCAAGCAUAAGAAUAAAAAACCUGAGAAAACCAGUGACUCAGACUCUGCCAACAGCAGCGAAAGCCACAGUGAAGAAGAGACCGCUCUGUCCCCACAGGAGCUUUUACAAAGGCUGAAACAUCUUCCCCUGGUCAAACACUAGCUUGUAUUCUUGGACAUCAUACAACUUUUGGUCAAAACAGAUCUCCUCUAUGACGGCAGAUCAGCAAUUUAAAGCAUAUUUUAAUGUCCUGUAAAUAUUGUAUUUAUGUUGAAUUUGAUAGCAUAAAAACAUGCUACUUUUGUGACACUUCCUAGUUAAAAACCAGAUGAAAUGUUGGGGGAAAAUUCAAUUUUUCAUCUGACUUUAAAAUAUUCUAAUGUUAAAAGAAUCAUGCAGGGUAUGCAUUUUAAUGAAGAUGAGCAUGGGUAAAUUUUAAUAAAUGGAACUUACCACUCUUAUGUGUAAUGCCUUAAAGUUAUUUCCAGGAAAUCAUUUUAUUUAUAUAAAAUAUUUAUAUCCUGCCUUUUGGGUGGUGGUGGGGAUAUACCGCCAAGCCAUAUAAUUAAAAAAAUCUAAAACAUGCCAAACAAAUAAAACAUGUUUGGGAAAGCAAAGUAGUUUAUUCAAGUAAUUUUAGUUCAGCAGUAUUUUUUUACAAUGAAUACUGAAGCUCAGAAAAAUAAUUAUUCUCAACAAGUUAAAUUAUUAUUCAUGUCUGACUAGCUUUCUCUGGACUGGGGCCUUACAGUGCCAUCCUAAACACAUUUAUGCCCAUCCAAUGGUCUUAGAAAGGUAUAACUUUGCCUAGAGUGGCACUUGUUAGUGUUUCAGUCAAGAUUUUCAUGUCUGUUGCAUGUAGUAUGUUAAAAGGCAGAGAAAAAAUGAAUUGCAUUUUAUAGCAAAUAUUCUUCAUUGGAAGAAAGAUUGAUCAUGUGUGUUAGAGCACAUUAUCCAUCUGUAGGCCAUUGGGCUUGCUGCUUGGUCCAACAAUGACAUUGCUUAUAUUGCCUUAUUUUGUAGAGGAAAAGUGC